CAGUACUUAUGAGUGUUUGGCACCCACUCACACUCUCUUGCUUCUUCACUUGGGAGUUGGGAAGGGGAAUCAAGCAAACCAAACAAAACAAAACAAAACAAGCUUCUACUUACUGCUGCCUCAUUACUUAUUAGAGUAAGAGAGCGAGCGAGUGAGUGUUGGUUUUGUUGUUAUUCUCUCUUUACAGCUCAACCACAACCUCAACCUCCACCUCCAUUCUCAUCGCAGAUCGAAAUCCAUUUUCUCUCCCCAAAACAAAUAUCAUCGCCGAUCCAAAUAUCUCUUCCGCCUCACCUCUAUCCAACCAUUGCGCAUUCGCAUUUCAACUUGUAACUGUUUGCUGCAUUCCAUAGCAGGCAGUGUCUUCAUUCUUCUCCAAUUGCUGGUAUCAUAACUACCAAGAUAACUACAUGGUGGAAUACUUCUUUCUCAGAUGACUCUUGGUAGCUAUAUUAUGCUUGGACAGUGUUGCUAUGGGCAUUUGUCUGAUGAAACAGAAAUGGCUAUGGCUUCUUUAUGGUCUGAUGAUAAAUAUUCUGAUCAAUGAAAAUGGUGCACUCAGUCCUGAUGGUCAGGCACUUCUCAGCUUCAGGACAUCAGUUGUUAGCUCAGAUGGUGUGUUGUUACAGUGGAGGCCAGAGGAUCCUGACCCAUGUAAAUGGAAAGGAGUGAGAUGUGAUCCAAAAACCAAGAGAGUAACCCAUCUGGCUUUAUCUCACCAUAAGUUAAGUGGGUCUUUGUCAGCUGACCUUGGAAAGCUAGAUCAUUUGAGGGUUCUUGCUCUUCACAACAACAACUUCUAUGGGACCAUUCCAUCAGAACUGGGAAACUGCACUGAAUUGCAGGGAUUAUAUCUACAGGAAAAUUACCUUAGUGGCAUGAUUCCAGGCGAAAUAGGAAAUCUUUCACAGCUUCAAAGUUUGGAUAUAUCAAGCAACUCCCUCAGUGGAAACAUACCAGCAUUGCUUGGAAAAUUGUACAACAUAAAAAAUUUCAAUUUAUCAUCCAAUUUUCUGUCUGGACCAAUACCGUCUGAUGGUGUGCUUGCCAACUUUACUGGAAGCUCCUUCAUUGGAAAUCGUGGUCUGUGUGGGGUGCAAAUUGAUGUGACAUGUCCUGGAUCAAACCCUCAAUCUCCAACCUCAGAUCAAAAUGGAAAGAAGAAAUAUUCAGGUCGGCUACUUAUCAGCGCAUCAGCAACUGUGGGUGCUCUUCUUUCGGUGGCACUGAUGUGUUUCUGGGGUUGUUUUCUUUACAAGAAGUUUGGUAAAAAGGACAGAAUAAGUCUGGCAAUGGAUGUGGGUGAAGGUGCAUCAAUUGUGAUGUUUCACGGAGAUCUACCUUAUUCUUCAAAAGAUAUCAUUAAGAAACUAGAGACUUUGAAUGAGGAACACAUAAUAGGGGUUGGAGGGUUUGGAACAGUCUACAAACUUGCAAUGGAUGAUGGGAAUGUGUUUGCUUUGAAAAGGAUUGUGAAGUUAAAUGAGGGUUUCGAUCGGUUUUUUGAGAGAGAACUUGAAAUUCUGGGAAGCAUAAAACAUCGCCAUCUAGUGAACUUGCGGGGAUAUUGCAAUUCACCUACAUCAAAGUUGUUAAUAUAUGAUUACUUACCUGGUGGCAGUCUUGAUGAAGCUCUUCACGAAAAAUCUGAGCAACUAGACUGGGAUGCUCGCUUGAAUAUAAUCAUUGGAGCUGCAAAAGGGCUCGCCUAUUUACACCAUGAUUGCUCCCCUAGGAUCAUACACCGUGAUAUAAAAUCAAGCAACAUUUUGCUUGAUGGAAACCUUGAUGCUCGGGUGUCUGAUUUUGGACUCGCAAAACUUCUAGAGGAUGAAGAAUCUCACAUCACAACUAUUGUAGCUGGAACGUUUGGUUAUCUUGCACCAGAGUAUAUGCAAAGUGGUAGAGCAACUGACAAGAGUGAUGUUUAUAGUUUUGGGGUCCUGACUCUUGAAGUUCUGAGUGGAAAGCGACCAACAGAUGCAUCAUUUAUAGAAAAGGGCCUCAAUGUUGUUGGUUGGUUGAAUUUUCUAAUUUCGGAAAAUAGGCGACGGGAAAUUGUGGAUCCACUAUGCGAGGGGGUGCAGAUGGAGACCCUUGAUGCCUUGCUUUCUGUGGCUAUUCAAUGUGUUUCAUCAAAUCCAGAGGACCGACCGAAUAUGCACCGAGUGGUCCAGUUCUUUGAGUCAGAGAUCAUGACCCCAUGCCCAAGUGACUUCUAUGACUCAAGCUCUGACUAGGUGCUUGCAAAAACAAUAAGAUAAACAAAAUCGAAGUGAUGUAUUGAGUAUGCACCCGUCUCACAAUGACUAGCCUGCAGUGAAACCCUGAAAGAGGUUCAGAAUCAAACCUUUUUUCUCAAAGCAGAUUUGUGACGAAUGAUGGAUGUUUCAUUACUCGACUUUCUGACAGAAGUUAAGAAACAAACCUUUUUUCAGAGAGCAUGGAUUGAUGCAUUUUUUUAGAUCCAAGUUCCACCAUUCCUUGUGAGCGGAUUUCUGCUAGGGUUUGUAAUUGUCAUCGCAUUUAUUUACCUGAAUUAAAGUGUAUAUGAAAUAUGUUUAAAUUGAUUGAUAACUCCCAGCUUUGGAAGUAUUCAUAUUUUUGUAACAUAUGUUCUUGUAGAAGAAUUUAUUUAUUGAGAGCUGAGACGUGCAGUGAUUUGUACGUGCCUUAUUGUA